AUGUCAGCGCCAGAGCUCAGCGUAGGCCUCGUCCUUCUACCAGAACACCAGUGGCUCGACGCCGCUGGGACUACCGACUAUCUCUAUAACCACUCCUACGACAUACUUUCCAAGCUCUACACAGACAAUCCAGAACUGGUCUCAAAGGCGCCCCGUAUGACGUUCCAUUACAUUUCCUCCGACUAUUCUCCUGUACAUGCUUCGUCGGGCCCGCCUCAAACACCCACUUGCACAUACGAGAAUUGUCCCUUUGUGGAUAUCAUCAUAGUCCCCGGAGCCGAUCCCGCAGCUGAGGCGCCAAAGGGCUUUGUCGAAUUUAUACAGACGCGCUACGCAGACCCAAAGUUCAAGGCCAUCCUCAUGGUCUGCACCGGCUCAAUGUGCAUCGCCCGCACCGGCAUCCUCGACGGACACCAGGUCUGCAGCAACAAAUUUGUCUUGCGCAUGGCGGCCAACAACAAGAUGCUCUACGACAAAGUCAAGUGGAUUGGAGAUAGGCGAUGGAUUAUUGAUGGAAAGCUUUGGAGCGCGGGCGGGGUGACAUGCGGAAUAGACCUGGCUGCAGAGUACGCGAGACAACAUUUUGCGCCUGAGAUUGUCCAGGCAGCGAUGGACAUUUCAGAAUACAAGCCAAAUCCUGCCCAGCCCGACCCAUUUGCGUAUUUGACAGAGGGGUUGGGAUUGUAG